AUGGUAGUGGAGAUGACGGUGUUGUUGAUAGCCCUAAACAAUAGUCAUCUUAAAAGAAAUUAUCAAAGAGAAAGGGAUUCAUCUCUUGAAGCUCACAUAAAGUUUUUAGAAUCUCUUUGUAUUGCUGGUAUUAGUCACCAUAGUUUGUUGUUCUCCAAGAUUGCUCCAGUGCCAGUCAUGCAACAUUUUGAACUGAGAAGUUACAAGAGACCUGAAUAUGGGUUUUCUGAAUUUGUAGUGAUGGCUGCAGACACUGAAGAUUUUGAAAUGAUUUCCCAUACUCCAUUCCUUACUAAAUAUAAGCAUGAUACAACCAAGGAUUGUAUUAUGUUGAAGAUUAUUCGUGUUCUUCCCCCUGUUGUUCCUAGCAGUCAAGUGAAAGCAAACUCCUCAACAUGGGAGGCAUCGGGUGAGACAUUAAACAACAUUGACCAUGAAGCAAUGGCUGUUGACCCUGCACUUGUUAUGUUGACUGACUUUGGGGUAGCAAAGCAAUUUGAUGAAAGCACACGGUUAAAUUCCAUGUGUGGGACAUUAGAAAUUGUACAAGGGAGGGGCCAUGAUAAGGCCGUUGAUUGGUGGAGUGUUGGAAUUUUAAUGUAUGAAAUGCUUACUGGAAAGAAUUUCCCUGGUGCUCCAACAUUUUUGCCAGGUAAACCCAUAUGGCCAGACCUCUGCAUUGCCUCCUACAAGGUAGAUCACACUUGCUUGGCUAAACGUUAUUCUGUAUGCUUUCAAACUUGUCUUCUUCCUGAAUUCUUUUUCUUUCUAUCAUGGCAACCUUCAACAGUAGUUUUGGACCGACACCUUCUUGCAAAAGAUAUCGUGUACGUGUUCUUCUGCUGCUAUUGUGGAUUUGGGAACAUCCUUGCUUACUGGUCCAACUGUAUGUAUCUCACGUGA